AUGCAGAUCAAUCCCAAGUUAAGCCAAUUGGAAUUAUUGUUCCAGUCCCAAAUUUUUUACAACANUACGGAUGAUAAUGCGCGGAUGUCAAAUGUAAUGAUGUUUACAGAUCCAUUGGUUGGGAACAUCUGUGUUUAUGCAGAUCAAUCCCAAGUUAAGCCAAUUGGAAUUAUUGUUCCAGUCCCAAAUUUUUUACAACAAUUGGGUUUUCAGGAAGAUACUGACUACAAUAACAACAAGUUAACACAAAAAGUAGUCGAUUCCUUAAAUCAAACAGGCCGAUCACAAGGCUUAAAAGGAAUCGAGCUCUUACAAAAUGUUGUCCUCGUCCAUGACGAGUGGACACCAGAGAAUAACUUUGUCUCUUCAGCUCAAAAAUUACAGAGAAAGAAGAUUGUUAAAGAGUAUGAAAAACAGAUUGAAAAAGCUUACCAAUAA